GGGCUCAGGAUGCAAGGCCCAGUUGAGGGGUGGGAAGGAUGGGGGUUCUGGGGCCCCAUGGGACUAGAAGCUGUACAAGAGACAGUCACUGCCCCAGAGGGUUUACAGUCUAUCUAGACAAGACAAAGUAUUAUCCCCAUUUUACAGCUGGGCGCUGAGGCAUGGAGAAAUUAAAGCUCAGAUCCUCACAGGUAUUUUAAAUCAAUAGGCGUUAGGCACCUGAAUACCUUUGAAGACAUGAGCCUAAGGUCGGGUCGACACUUAACGAUUAGAUCAACCUAGCUAUGUCGCACAGGGUGAUGAAAAACUUCGUACCCUCAACAACACAGGGCGACUAACCCCGGUACAGAUGCAACUCGGUUGACAGAAGAUCAACCUAGCUACCGCCUCUCAGAGAAGUGGAUUAACUACAUUGAUGGAAAAACCUCUACUGUCGAUGUAGAAAGUGUACACUGUGCUGUUGUAGCGGCUACGGUGUACACAUGGCCUAAAUGACUUGCCCAAUGUCAAACAGGGAAGCUGUGGCAGAGUUGGUGACUAAAAGAUUUUCUGCGAGAGCAUCUUUCCUAAGAAAAAGCCAUGGGGUCUGGGGCAAGGUUCUUAUCUGGAGCAUGAACAAACCAGAUCGUUCUGGUGAUUAUUUCCGUAGUCCAAGAGGAGGUCCACGCGUUGCUGCUACUGCUGCAUCAAGGUGGUCGGUGGAUUCGUCCUGCUCAUACUGAUAGCAUCAGUCUUCACGGUGCUGUGGUAUUUUCUAGACCCUCGCCCAUGUCAAAAGCCGUCUCCACCCAAUCGCUCCUAUGGAGAGAGAGAGAAGAGAAUGAGCAGCUAACUUCAGCCCAAAAUAUCCCUGGGCAGGCUGAAGGAAUUAAAACCAGUCGAUAUUUCAUGGGCUCAUUCCAGCUGGUGAAUGAAAUCUACUAUUCCCGUCACAGCAACUCUGCUUCGGACACAUUCAAGAGGGAGGCUGCGAAGCUGGAGAACGUGAUCGCUGGUGCGUUUGGUAGGAGUGCCCUGAACAAGAGCUACCAGGGCUUGGCUGUGCUGGCAUUGAGCCCAAGUCCCUUCACGGAGCACUUCAGGCUGCAGUUCAGUGGCACUGAAACGUCAGCGAGGCUCAGCAAUGCCGUGGUGGCGCACGAAUUGGCACAAGAGUACCAGGGCGCAGGGGACAAAGUCGAAAUGUCCAUGGACGUUGGCAGCUUGCUGGUGAGAGAUUAUGGCACUUGCUCGUCGGUGCCUGGGGGUGACACCGAUGCACCGUGGCCAUGGCAAGCCGCAGAGCGGAAGAACGGAGACCCAGCAUGUGCAGGAAGCCUGAUCUCAGAGGGCUGGGUGUUGUGCAUGGCAAGUUGUGUCACAACCAGAUGGCAGCUGGAGGAGCCUGUGCGUGCCCAGGAAAGAGAGCUGCUUUUCAUUGAAAGAAUCAUUCCAUCCACGAUAAAACACCAAACCCGGCAUCCCUAUGCUGCAUUCGCUAAGGUUGCUCCUUUUGUUCCAUGGAUGCAACCCUACCUUCUCACCUGACCGUGUGCACGGGUUCUUGUUGGGUUGGAGUUUGUAGGCCCUUGUGCUCUGCUCCUCAAUCUAACUGAUGGAGCUACAUUGGGUGCAUGUUCUUACAGGCAUGUGAGAAUACAUUUUCAGAGGCGCUCACGCGCCCCGCAUGCUCCUUUGAAUAUGCAGUGUGUACCCAAGACCCCGCUGGCUUAUUCAUAAGACGACUUCAUUUCCUAGCUCCUGGCAGAAAGGAUCUAGUUAUGCAAAGAUGCAGCUUACGCGCGUGUUAUCACUCCCGGAUGCCAUAGCUCUUAAGAUCGAUCCUCCAUGGCUUGCACCUCCGUACAUGAGAGCCUCUAAGGCAGAUCAAUCAGAUUGUUUUAGCACAGUAGGGCCAAAUCCAUUGCUGAUGAUGCCAGUGGAGUUACACCAGUAAUGAGCUAGGCUCAUGAUGUACGGAUUCCAAUGGGCCACGAACAGCGUCGUUUCGGUCACUACUUCGGCCUGUAAUGCACGUAUUGGGUCUAUACUGCUGCCGCCAGUGGCCUAGGCAUGCACAGAGCUUACAAUUUGCACGUCUUGUGGUGAAGAUUCCCUAGGGCAACAUUUUACCACCUGAUAAUAAAAAUGAGGCCAGAAAAAUCCAUAAGCGCAAUGGCACCAAUGUGAAAUUAAGCUUCCUUGGGUAACAUGCUGCCAGCAGCAUUAACAGAUACAAUGCUGGGUAAUGGAGGAGCAGAGGAUUUCCAGCCCAGGCUUCAACAAUACUACAGUCCAAGGAAAAUCAAUAAAAAACACUAAGGAAGAACUGAGGAGAGAGAAUGGGGAAUAAAAUGAACACACUUAACAUCAAUAAAGGUUUGGGGAGCAGGGAAAAGGA